AUGGUCACUCCUUGUCUUUCGGAAAAGGAGAUUGCAGACUUCCCUGGACUUCUCCAAAAUGCUCUCAGUUCUGACAAUUGUUUGAGGACUCAAGCCGAAGAGCGAAUAGAGCACCUCACUGCACGUCGUGGUUUUUUGGAGCAUCUCGCUCGAUACGCUUGUUGUCGUUCGCCAAACAUUCCUCAAUGCCAGCGUCUCAUAGCUUUGACAAUUCUUAAGCAGAAAGUCGGGCAUGGAGCUCUGGAAGAGGAUAUUGAGGUGAUGGGUAUUCUUAUGAACCUGUUAUUAUGGGAAGGAGAUCGUCAUAUUGUAAAUGUUUCCUCCGCGACGUUGAGUACCAUUACAGCAGCGGUGGAAUUGGGUGCUGCGGCAAAUCCCACCCUGUCCGAGUGCCUCAAUUCACUUAUGAGUCACUUGACUGAUGCUCUUGCUGAAUCUGGAUCAGCUAUUCAUCAUCUGAACUUUGUGAUACUAAUUUCUGAGCUGAUAGCUAACCUACCCAUGGAUUCUGAUGUUCGCGAAUGCAUUCUCUCCCUUGUACCAGCUCUACUUCGAAUUGUCUUCAGUAAUACUUCUGGAGAAGCGAGUUGUAUUGCUGUCGGUGUGGUGAGAGAUGUUAUUUUGUCUGUGUUAACGGCGCGAAAGAAACCCUCGGUGGAAUUUGUAAAGGAAACAUGGGCUAGUUUUUUCCCGGCCCUUUCAGCCGUGAUGCGGACUCCAUGUCGUCCAGCAGAUGGAAGAGAGGAUAGUCUUCUUCGUAAUCGGCUUACUCUGGGAAUCUUGGUGCUUCUCGAGGACAUGUUCUGCACCGCCAAAUGGACGCGGCAGUCUUAUACGGUGGAUCUUUUUCAUGACUCCAUAACAUGUAUUAGGUCGGAAGAUGCAUUUUACUUUGAUGCCAAGGAGAAGGAUGACGAAGAGAGCGUUGUCAUUCAGCAGGUUAUGGCAAAGCGCUGGAGUUUCUUGGGGGAGGUUGCACGUAUGAAAUCAUUCCGGAGUGUGUUGGAAACUGUUGUGGGUGCGAAUUCACAGGCAUUUUUGAAUUUAGUUCUGCUACAUACAAUGUUGAGUGACAUAGAGGCGGAAGAGUGGCUCAAUGAAGCGAACGUCUUUCUGCGUCACGAAGAAGAACAAGAGGAUGAGGUGGCGUGGAAUGUUCGGGCAACGGCAACAGAUGUUUGUAGGCUAUGCGUACCAGUACUUGGGAGUGACCUCUUGCAGUUUCUUGUCGGUUUCCUAAACACUGCAGAUCAUUCGUGGAAAGAGAGAGAAAGUGUUCUUUUCCUACUGGAGGUUCUUUUGCGCCGAUGCCCUCGAGAGAUGGUAAGUGCAGGUGUAACGAGUCAUACGUUUCUGUUGCAAGCCGUGCUAGAGAAGGAUGUGACAGGUCCAGCUAUUUUGGCGUCUCGUGCACUGUCCUUACUGGGAGUUAUGCUGACAUUGAUGAAAAGGGAGGGUGUAGAUGUGCAGUCACUCUCCGCCUCACUUCUACCGAAGACAGUCGUUUCGCUUGUAAGCUCUGCCCCCUUACUUCGAGCUGCGGCAUGCAAGCUGUUGCAUCGGCUCCUCCCUCUGGUUCACCAGAAUGACACACUGACUUCGUUUGCAGAGGGCCAAGAUGCCUUGUUUUCUCUCAUGCUAAGCGAGACCACAACGGACGAAUUUUUGUACUUGUGCCUUGAAGUUUACACUGAAUGGAUCUCCAGGUGUCACACUGUAAGAAGGGAUGUAGCCCCUCCAGAUGCCCAUUAUAAGCUGUUGUGCUGCUGGAAAAACCAUAUUCAAGACCCAAACAUAGGAGAGCUGGUUGUGUCACUGUUUGGGGAGCUUAUCACUGAACCAGCUGGUGAUGCAUCCUUUGCUGCAGGUUUUUCUUGGAUGUCGGACGUAUUAAAUGGCCGGUGUGGCAUGGCAGAAUACUGCGCUGUGCCAUUCGUUAUUCAAAUGUUGACGUGUGUAUUUGCGAAGGGUUCAGAUGACGUAACGGUGAGGACAGCUGAAAGCCUGGUUGGUUCUUUAUGUGGGUUGUUAUUGACGACCGAGGAGUCGUCCAUUCUGGCGUCCGCAUCCAACUGUCUUAGCGCUUUGUUGCAGAGAUGUCCGCAGGCGGGAACAGCGACGGUCUUCGUUCCACCGUCUGCCAUGGGGGCCUUGUAUGUGCCGAGAAUAGAAAGACCUUCCCGUGGAGUGCAGGUUGCACCAUCGAUUCCGCUAGACGAAGAACCGCAGCCGUACCUUUUGUCUGCUGUGUUCGUCGUGAUUGCCACUUCCAUGCUAGCGGCGGAACGAAAAGAAGUGUCACUGAUGAACGCUGGAAAGGUUUUGGUUGCCAUUGCGGAAAACACUGGUGGAUUUCGAGAUGAUGAAUUAGCGUGCCUAAUUACAACAAUUGUGAGUCGCCUUAAGACUGUUCGUACGGACACCAUUGUUCAGGAAUUAGUUGCCCCUCUUGCAGUGUUGUUAAAACGUCAUCUAAUUGCUUUCAUCAACGUUUUGAUGACGUCAUGGCUUCUUGUGGAUAUGUUUUCUGUAUGGCUUCCAAAGAUGGGUGUUUUUUGGGGGAAGGAGGACCUCCUUCGGUCGUGUGAUGCCUUGUUGGAAUUGUUACUGGAAUAUCCUAUGGACAAACGAUUACAUGGUCUGAUGGUGCCAUGGAGUGAAAAGAAGGGCAAGAAGCUCUCAUUGCCGCUCGAUGUGGCGCUCUUUCUCGCUGUUGGGAAGGGCGUAUUGAACCUCCUGAGUCAAGGUUGUAUGGAAGAGGAAGAUGAAAGCGACGACGAAGACGAGUGGGCUGAUGGCAAAGAUGACGAGGAGGAAGAGGAGGAAGAGGAGGAGGUUGAAGAGAGCAACAAGGAUGUAGCAGGGCAUGUGGGGAGCGCUGCCGGAGAAAUGCCGCGUGACGUACUAGUUGUGUUGCAGAGGGUUCCGCCAUUGGUGCCGCAUUAUGGGGCUGUCACCGCUCAGUUUUUCUCGCGCAGUGAGCUCAAUACAUUGUCCGUUCUCUUUACUAGGAUCCAAGCAGCAGCAACAGAAACGGCGCCGUGA